AUGAAAAAAGGAAAGAAUUUAGAAAAUGAAAUAGAUCUUCCGGAAAACAUCGAAUCAGAAUUGGAAAAUCUUAAAGCAAAACUAGGGGAAACAAUGCCUGAUGUAUAUGAAGCUCGUAGAACUGCUUUAGUUGGUUUUGAGUACUUUGUAAAGGACUACACGAAGAAAUUUGUUGCUAAAAGUGAAAUGUACAAAGCAAUAAAGAUAGAUCCGUAUUGUUUUGAUGCCUAUCUCGGUUUAAUUAUGAUUAUGGAUGAUAAUGACUACAAAAUCGAUCCACAGACAGGUCAAAAUCUACUUAGAGAACUCCUUUCACUAUAUGGUAAAUAUAUUUCCGAAAAAUUUACAAAGCUUCCCAAUGUUUUUUCAGAUGAACCUUUAUUAGCUCCUUAUAUACGUGUGCUAUCGCAUUUUACUGAUCUUCUUAUGGAAACUGAUCAACUAGAGAUAGCAACUUAUAUGUCAGAACUACUUCUCCGCAUUAAUUUCAAACCAAAAGUUAGAACUACAUUUUAUAUCCUCGCAAACUACAUAAAAGUCAUCGGAAGAGAAAGAUCUCGACAACCAGUCUUCGUUGAAAGAAAUACAACUCAUCUAAAAGCACUUCUUGAAGCAAGAGAUUCAAAUAAUAAUUUAAUUUACGAUUUUGAUGAUCCUGAGUGGGGAGCUUUUCCCUCAUUAGCAAGAGUUUACCUUGAGUACUGCAAUGGUGCUAAAAAUUGGAGAUCUCAGCUUAGAAAAUUUAUUAAAACUUUUUCACAGCUAGCAAGAGAAGUUAUUGUCUAUAUUACAUGCGGUGGCGAACUAGAUGUAAGACAUAAUUGUCAAUGCCACAUUUGUACAUCAAAAAUCAUGGUUGAAUACGCUUUUAUGGAAGAUUCUCCAUUUAACAUCGUUUUACAUAACGAAUAUCAAGCCGCGCAUCAUCCCAUCUACAGUAUCAGGUCAAUAUAUAUGGUUCCCAAUAUUUUUGCCAAGUUUUCAAGGGCAAUUCGUAAAAAUGGCUACGAAUACGUCGAAAAACAUCUUGAAUCAGGUCGGCAAACAAUGUCAGAGGGAAAUUACCAAAAAUCAGUUAACAAAUUCUCAAAAAGUAUGGAAAUUUUAAUGAAUAUUACUUAUUUAGAAAAAAAGUUUUACGAAGGCAUGCAGUAUGCGAUAAUAACCAAUAGAGCUACAUCGGAAUUCAAAUUGGAGCUUUUGGACAUCUGUAGACAUGAUAUUCGUCUUGGAUUAUUUCAAAAGAAAGAUUGUAAGAGAUUAUAUGAAUAUAUUCAUAAUAUAAUGGUCCAGUUCAAUGCAAUGACUCUUGUUCCAGUCGCUGACGAGCUUUGGGAACAGGCAAAAUCAGAAAAUCCUGAUUUCGAAAAACUUUCUAAGAAAGCGAUAGCAAUUCUGAGCUUGGAAGGAUUGAUUGCUGCUAGAACAGAUAAAUUAAGCGAAGAUUUGAUGAAUGACCUCGAAAAUAGAAAUAUCGAAGAUAUGUUUUCAAGAAUUUCAUUCCCGUCAAGUCAAUUAGAUCCUUUGCCGUGGUUAAAUGACCAGGAACAGGAAGAACCAGUAAUUCUUAUCGACAUAGUUCAAAAUGAAAAUAAUUUAUCUGAUUCUGAUCAACAGCCAGAAAAUAAUGAAAAUGUAAACAGUUAA